GGGCAGCGGCGGCCAGCUGGAAGGCAAGAGCAGUGCGGCGUGCAGUCAUGCCUUUCCUUGAUGUGCAGAAAAGGCUGGGCAUUAACAUAGAUCGCUGGAUGACCAUCCAGAGUGGUGAACAGCCGCACAAACUCACAUCUCGAUGCCACGCUUUUGAAAAGGAGUGGAUAGAAUGUGCACAUGGGAUCGGCAGUAUCCGGGCAGAGAAAGAGUGCAAGCUAGAAUACGAUGACUUCAUAGAGUGUAUGGUUCGGCAGAAAACGAUAAAACGCAUGAACGCCAUCAGGAUGCAGCGGGAAAAGCUAAUAAAGGAAGGAAAGUACACCCCUCCGUCUCACCACUCGGGCCAGGGGGAGCCUAGGCCCUGAGCAGGGCAGCAGCUGGUGGCUGGAGGCUGGUUUUCAUGCCGCUGAUCUCCACUAGAAAGAUUGUUCCUUGAAAACCUAUUUGUCGAAGUAUGGAAAUAAAGGAGUGCAUCAUUCUA